AUGAUCGGUAACCUGGACCGGAGAGUGUUCUGGACUUACCGAUGCCUGAAGACGGAAGGCGCGACCCGCCUCCUCCCGAAGGAGCCUCUUCGGCAGCUCCUCGAUUUCGUUCAGCUCCAUUUGCGAACCGAUAAUCAUAUGGUUCGCGAACUGGACCGCCUUCGACGGACAGGCCAGGGUGACGGGAUCGGCAGGCUCCUCGUCAUUAUCGGCCGCAAAAAUAGCCCGAGUCGGCUCAGCCUGCCGUCCGCGCUUUGGGGCCGGUUCGGCAUCCAGGUCAACAGUGAAAGGCCGUUUGCCGGUGGCUCGGGAGGAAGUCCCUUCGGUAGUGGUGCCUCAGCGGGGAGAAGGGUCGGCCGCUGCCGCUCUGGUCUGUGCCGAUUCGGCGUUAAGCUCACGCAGACGGUCGGCCAACGUCUGGUCCUCAGGGUCGACCGAUGCCGAACCUUGCGGCUGGGUUUUCUUCUUCUUCCCCUGGAAGCCCAUCAUGAGACGCCGUUUGGAGGACUCGUUCAUCCUCUUGGCCUCGGCAGCUCUCCUGUCUUCCGUCACUGCGAGAAAUGGGUUCGGUAA